AUUAAAUCUGUAAAUUCAAUUUAUAAGAAAAUACAAUCAUCAAUAAAAUCGUAAUAAUAAUAAUAAUAACAAUCAUCAUAAAACAAUGAAUAAAAAAAAUUCGUCAAAAACAUCAUCUUUACGAAAAUCUUGUAAAACUGAAUUGACACCAGAACAAAUCAUGAAUCUUAAAAAAGAACUUUAUCAAUUAGUUCAAUCAAAUCUUACUCCUUUACUAAAUGAACCUGAUUUUGCAACAUGUGAGGAUACAUUAACUCGAUUUCUUGUGGCAAGAAAUUAUGUUGUUGAAGAUGCUUUUAAACAAUUGAAAACAGCUGUAGAAUGGCGUCGAGAAUAUCAACCAUUGACAAUUCAAUGUAAAUGGUGUCAUGAAACACCAGGAUUCCAUUCAGUUCGACAAGUUGGGUUCGAUCGUGAAGGUAGACCACUGAUGUAUGCUUGCUUUGCUCAAUGUCAAACACUGAAAAAUAAUCCAGACGAUGUUGUUUGCCAUAUGGUUUAUCUUAUCGAACAUGCAAAACGAAGUAUACAAACCUCAGUGAAUUCAUUGGUCUUUGUUAUUGAUUGUACAGGUUUAACUGUUGCAUGUUGUAAUCCAAAAAUUGGUAAAAAAUUUGUACAAACAUUUGCUGAUUGUUAUCCAGAAACUUUAUAUAAAUUUAUAUUAAUUAAUCAUAGUACAUUUUUUCAUGGUAUAUGGAAAGCAAUUAAAGUAUUUAUUGAUCCAAAUACAGUAAAAAAAGUUAAAUUAAUACGUAAAGAAAAAAUUCAACGAACAUUUAAUGAAAUGUUUACCCCAGAUACAAUAACAUGGUUAUUAGAUGAAAUGAAAUUAAAUAAAACUAAUAUAACAGAAAAUCAAUUAAAAUUUUGGGAACCACCUCAUUCAUAUGAAUUACAUGAUCCACGUGGUACAAAUGAAUAUAUUCAACGUUGUAUAGAACCAUUAAAAUUAUUCAUUGAACAACAACAACAACAACAACAACAACAGCGACAGCGACAGCAACCACAGCAACAACAAUCUAAUCAAAAAUCAUUUAUAUUAACAUAUGAUAAUUUAGGUUUAAAAACUCAUAUGCCACAUACAAAUAUUAUGGAUUAUUUAAAUAAAACAUUAAAACAAGUUAAAGUUCAAUCAUAUUAUAAUGGUAAAUAUAUUAAACCAAAUAAAGAUGAAUUACAAGCAUAUGGAGUUGAUAUCAAUGAUAAUCUAUCUGAAAUUAGUGGAGGAUCUGAAGAAUAA